AUGACUUCUGUCCAAGCACUCCAAUUGAACUUAUCGAAGCCCCUCCCGAUAACUCAAGAUUCUAAUGAUUUUGACAUGAUGGCGCUGACGAAGGCCGCCUUGAGGUUUGUCAAUCCGUGGUCUGUAGCGGUGAAAUCUGAAUGGACUCUUAAGGAAAAGAUUGAACCCGGCGCACCAGAAGCGAAAGAUCGUAUAAUAUCUCUAGCGGAAGUUUCUUCCCACGAUACUCCCGAUGACUGCUGGGUUGUGAUUUAUGAUAGAGUGUAUGACAUAUCGAGCUUUCUUGAUGAGCACCCUGGUGGCGCCGAUAUAAUGCUUGAGUACGCUGGACGUGACGCCAGCACCGCCUUCCGCAGUUCAGGACAUACGAAAUCCGCCACUAAAGCCCUAGAGAGGUUUCUCGUUGGAGAGCUACCGAUGCAGGAACGAAUGUACAGACGCCCCGGGGGCAUGCGCCUCAGCGACAUUCCAGAGUGA